CUUGUUGCUUGGGCGUAAUUAGAGACGUGCUCAGAUGGCAAAGUACCAAAACUGGAGAAAAUGUGCUGAUUGAAAUGUCAUUAGCUUGAUGAAAGGUGCUGCAGCAUAAUGAAUGCUCAUCUCUUGCCAGAUGAGCUGCUGAAAUUUGCCUUGUCACAAAAGUAAAUGCCACAGUCAUGUUCUCACGAGGCACAUAAUGCGAGUCUGUUGACAGAUGCGGGUCCAUUGUCAUGUGGGAAGUCAAACUGAGCUAGUUGUUUGUUUUUGUAAUGAUAGAUAUUGGGAAGUGGCGGCUCCGCAGUCAUCUCUCUCUGGAGGGGCUGAUGAGCAUUAUAAAGUUCUAGAAAUAACAUCACUUAAAUAUGUGUUGAGAAAAUCUUCUUACAGCACCGAGUUUCAAGAAGAAAACUUGCAGAAAUGCCUCGUAAUGGGAUUAAUUUUACGAUAUGCUACAGCACCAACUGAUAUUGAAAGUGGAACUGUAUAUGAUUGCGGAAAACUGGUCUUCAGCCCAUCAACUCUUUUGAUUAAUAUCACUGAUCAAGUUUAUGAAUAUAAAUACAAGAGAGAAAUAAGCCAACACAACAUCAAUCCUCACCAAGGCAAUGCUAUCCUUGAAAAGAUGACAUUUGAUCCAGAGAUCUUCUUCAAUGUUUUACUGCCGCCAAUUAUAUUUCAUGCUGGAUAUAGUCUAAAGAAGAGACACUUUUUUCAAAACUUGGGAUCUAUUUUAACAUAUGCCUUCUUGGGAACGGCCAUCUCCUGCAUCGUCAUAGGGUUAAUUAUGUAUGGAUUUGUGAAGGCUAUGGUAUAUGCUGACCAGCUGAAAAAUGGAGACUUUCAUUUCACUGACUGUUUGUUUUUUGGUUCACUGAUGUCUGCUACAGAUCCAGUGACGGUGUUGGCCAUUUUCCAUGAACUGCAUGUCGACCCUGACCUGUACACACUCUUGUUUGGGGAGAGUGUGUUGAACGAUGCAGUCGCCAUAGUCCUUACAUAUUCUAUAUCCAUUUACAGUCCCAAGGAGAAUCCAAACACAUUUGAUGCCGCAGCAUUUUUCCAGUCCGUGGGGAAUUUCCUGGGGAUCUUCGCCGGCUCGUUUGCCAUGGGGUCUGCAUACGCUGUUGUCACAGCUCUGUUGACCAAAUUUACCAAACUGUGCGAGUUCCCUAUGCUGGAAACGGGCCUGUUUUUCCUCCUGUCUUGGAGCGCCUUUCUGUCUGCAGAGGCCGCUGGCCUAACAGACAAGGAGGGAAGAUUUCCAAAUGAAAUGACUAUUACUGGGCAUGUUGCAACUUUACUUGGUCUGAGGAUAGUUGCUGUUCUCUUCUGUGGAGUCACGCAGGCACAUUAUACCUACAACAACCUGUCAUCGGAUUCCAAAAUGAGGACUAAACAGUUGUUUGAAUUUAUGAACUUCUUGGCUGAGAACGUCAUCUUCUGUUACAUGGGCCUGGCACUGUUCACGUUCCAGAAUCAUAUCUUCAAUGCUCUUUUCAUACUUGGAGCCUUUGUAGCAAUUUUCGUAGCCAGAGCCUGCAACAUAUAUCCCCUCUCCUUCCUCCUGAAUCUAGGCCGGAAACACAAGAUCCCCUGGAACUUUCAACACAUGAUGAUGUUUUCAGGUUUGCGAGGAGCAAUAGCCUUUGCCUUAGCUAUUCGGAACACAGAAUCUCAGCCGAAGCAAAUGAUGUUUACCACCACGCUGCUCCUCGUGUUCUUCACAGUCUGGAUAUUCGGAGGAGGAACAACUCCCAUGCUGACUUGGCUUCAGAUCAGGGUUGGUGUGGACCUGGAUGAAGAUCAGAAGGAGGAACCCUCCUCACACCAGGAAGCAAAUAAUUUGGGUAAAAGCACGACAAAAUCAGAGAGUGCCUGGCUCUUCAGAAUGUGGUACGGCUUUGACCACAAGUAUCCUUUGAUAAUGAUCAUCUUCCAGCUCCUUCUCCAUGGCAAAGAUGAGCUUUGAGCACUUCAUCACUGAGGGAGAAAAUGUCAGUCACUGGGUGAUUUUAAAGCAGCUUGGCAGUGAUUAAAGCCACAGCGGAUCAGUGGGAGAGGAAGAAGAAUUAAGAACGGGUAAAAGAAAGUCAAAGAACAAGAAGAAGAAGAGGUAAAAAUGGAAAGGGAAGAGGAGGCAGGAGAAAUACAGGAAAUUCACAGCAGAAAGGAAAAUAAAUUAGAGGAAUGACUGUAGAAAAAUACAAGUAAGAGUGACUCGAAUAAUCAAAAGGUUAAAAUUAGAAAGCAAUUCUGGGAAAGUAGAGCAUUCCAAGAAUUAUGAAAUAGAGAUGUGGAAGGUAGAGGCUUUCUGAGACUAUGGUUUUGUUUUUCCAUAUUCCUGUUAUCUAUGGACAAAUACCUUGUCUUGCUCAAUCCUGAGCUUUCGUGGACGGUGUAGGCUGCCGCCACCCUAAAAGUGGCCCAUCUUGGCCAUUAACUGCCUCCAGGAGGUGCUGGUACCGCAUUAACCACUCACUGGUCCCUGGCUUUUAGCAGGUUUUGCAGGUUUAUGUUCCAGGUUGUGUUUCUUCUAGAAAUAUAUCUCCCCUGCCAUUGCUUAGGUAUCAAUAACCAAAUUUGUAGGAAGUUGUAAAAAUCUGGCUAAAGAAUACAUAUAACGGCUGCUUGGUUAUGACAAAAUGUACAGGAAGAUAAUGUUUUGGGGUUCUUGGACCCGAGAUCUGACUUGUGUGAACAGAGGCUUCCCCAUCCAUCCAAGCAAAAUGUGCUGGAUACCAGCUCAGUGUCCUACAACUCGACUCAUUCCUGACAUUGCCCAUCUGGAUACAGUGUCAGAUCCUCUCAGGUAAGGGCUCGGUCCCACAGGGCUGCUGCUCUCACCACUUCAGAUGCCAGCCACAAGCCCAGGUUGCUACCUAUGCUUCCAAUCUAUCGGCUACGGGUUGGAGGUUCCAUGACCUCCUCCUUGGAUUCGAUUAAUUUGCUAGAAAACGUCACAGAACUCAGAAAAACAUUUUACUUACUAGAUCACUGGUUUAUUAUAAAAGGAUAUAACUCAGGAAAAGCCAGAUGGAAGAAGUGCACAAGAGAAAGGACACGGAACCCCCAUGGACUCUAUGGGUACACCACUCUCCCCAAAUCUCCGCCUGUUCACCAACCUCUAAAUUCUCCUCAACUCCAUCCUUUUGAGGUUUUAUGGAGGCUUCAUUGCAUAGGCACAAUGGAUGAAUCAUUGGCCCUUGGUGACUGAAAUCCAUUACCAGCCCUUCCCUCUUUCCCAGACGUGGGAAAGGCAGGGCUUGAAAGUUCCAACCCUCUAAUCACAUGGUUGGUUCUCCUGGUAUCCAGCUCCUGACCUUAGACGGGGUCCAAAUGUCACCCAUUAACAUAACAGAGGAUGCCUUUUUGCUUUCAUCACUUAGGAAAUUUAAGGGUUUUAGGAGCUCUGAGACAAAACUAGGGAUGAAGACCAAAUUGAUAUUUCUAUGGCAAAUCAGAAAUUAGAUAAAAGAUGGUUCUGUUCAAAUUCUGACAGUGUUGUAAGGAAUGCUUUACAAUGAAGAAAAGAAACAAAAUGGAAAAAAAUAACUGGGAGACAAGAAAAUGAAAGUGGCAACCCUCCCCAAGUUUUAUCUUAGAGUAGUUACACUAAAUUCAGAUGAUGUCAUAGAUUUUGUCUCACAUUUCACCAGGGGAUUAUUUCCAUGUGAUUAUGGGCAGACUAGCAAAAAAUGAAAGCAGACUUAACACUCUUAGUAAUAUCUCUUCUCAUGGUAAUUUGUCCUCCUGUGCAUUCAUUCUAGAAAUUGCAGGACGACCAUCACUGCAUAAAUAUAUUUUCUCUUAGACAACAGAGCUUUUAUAUCCCAGUUGUGCUCUGAAUUCAUACCCAGAGAGUAGCAAAACCUACAAAUUUCCACUCUGUACACUCUUGAUUUAUCUGUAUUUUUAGAGAUAAAUUAUUCUCGACAUUUAUGUUCAUCCUGUUGUCCCCCCAGAACCCGGGUUCUGUGCCCCCAUGGACCUCAUGGGUAGGCUAUGCCAGGUGCGAUCAGGGUACAAGUGAUCUCCCUGUUCCAGGGUCAGGUUGCCUGGCUCAGGCCAAAACAGAAAUUGUGAGGCCGAAAGAAAUGGACCAUGCAGUUUGGAGCCACUCAAGUUUCAUUUUAGUAAAACUGCAUCCUGCAAAUGAAACGUCAUAAAGAAUUGCUGACAAAAGAAAAAGAAGAAUAAAUGAGCCUUUGUAUGUACCUUUAUCAGUCAGCAUUCUCCGGAGAAACAGAAUCAGUAAGGAGUACACAUGCACACACGUAUACAUACAUACACCUAUACACGUACACAUACACAUGGGUUUACUUCAAGGAAUUGGCUUAUGAGUUUGUGAGGGUGGCAAGUCCAGAAUUUGUAGGGUAGGCUCUUAAUCUAGAAACUCUCAAGCAGGAGCUAAGAUUCAGUAAUCUUGAGAUUUCUUCUUCUUCCUCAGGGAAACCUCAUUUUGCUCUUAAGUCCACUCAACUGAUCAGAUGAGACCCAUUUAUGUUACUGAGGAUCAUCUCUUUAAAGUGAACUGACUGUAGAUGCUAACCACACCUACAGAAUCCCUUCAUACAACACCUAGAUUAGGGUGUGGUUUUUUUAAUUGGAGUAUAAUUGCUUCACAAUGUUGUACAAUUACAUGAAUCAGCUAUAAGUAUACAUACAUCCACGCCCUCUUGAGCCUCCUUCCCACCCCUCUAGGUCCUCUUACAGCACCAAGUUGGGCUCCCUGUGUUAGAUAGUGGCUUUCCACCAGCCAUCUAUUUUCCUGUGGUAGUUUUAGAGUUUGAUUGAAUAACAAGGUAAAAGUGUCACUGUACUCAGUUCACAUUCAACUGUUGUCCAAUAUUCAGACUCAAAGAAGAAACAUCCUCAACUCACCAUCGGUAUCAAUAAAAAACAAGUCACUAUUGCUCAUAUAGUUUUGUUUUCUUUUUUUACUUUAUCAUAGCAUAAUUAAUAUAUACUAGUGUUUUUGUUCAGUCACUGCAUCAUGUCUGACUCUUUUGCAACCCCAUGGAUUGUAGCCUGCCAGGCUCCUCUGUCUGUG